AAGCCCCUCACUCUCCUGGAAACCAUCCCAGAACCUCCACCCUCUGACACCAUGGUCAACUCCUGUUGUGGCUCCGUCUGCUCUGACCAGGGCUGUGGCCAAGAGACUUGUUGCCGCCCCAGCUGCUGCCAGACCACCUGCUGCAGGACCACUUGCUGCCGCCCCAGCUGCUGUGGCUCCAGCUGCUGCCAGCCUUGCUGCCGCCCCAGCUGCUGCCAGACCACCUGCUGCAGGACCACUUGCUGCCGCUCCAGCUGCUGUGGUUCCAGCUGCUGCCGCCCCAGGUGCUGCAUCUCUAGCUGCUGCCGCCCCUGCUGUGGGGGUUCCAGCUGCUGUGGUUCCAGCUGCUGCCGCCCCAGCUGCUGCAUCUCUAGCUGCUGCCGCCCCUGCUGCGGGGGUUCCAGCUGCUGUGGCUCCAGCUGCUGCCAGCCUUGCUGCCGCCCCACCUGCUGCCAGACCACCUGCUGCCGGACCACCUGCUGCCGCCCCACCUGCUGUGUGUCCAGCUGCUGCCGCCCCAGCUGUUGCUAGACCCCCUGCCACCACCCACCAACCUGCUCUAGUGGCUCUUGCUGCUGCUGAGUGCCCUGACCUGCACCCUGCUGUUUUCAUCAGCCAAUCUCCUUCAUGUCGUCCAACUGGGAGCUGAAUCAUGUGAGGCCAACUGUAAAACCUCAGUUCCCAGUGAUUUUUCAACUGGUUGGCCUUGGAAUAUACCUCCCUACCGCCCACUCCCUCCUCACCUCCUUGUUACUAACUCCACCCCAAAUCACUACAAAGAUUGUAUUAUCUGAUAUAUGUUAACAUGCCAUUCUGAUUGAUGUAUCAGCUACUGCCAGAUUUUCUCAUAUGGAGAUGUUUCUGUAUGUCAAAUAAAUCUUGAUUUUCCAGGCAUA